GCAGAAAGUCAGCAACAGCUUCAACAGACCGUAGAAAUAGCAAAAACCAUCCGAUAACAACAGCAACAUAUAAUGUUGAGCAGCUCUGUGUCUUUCAUUUUUUAUGUGAAUUUACACAAAGUGAAGAUCAUGAACUCCAGACUCUCACCGUUGAUCCUUCUGCUACUCAUUCUAGGCCCUGCAACACUGGACCAGCUCUCUGUGACCUGCAGUCAAAAGAGUAUUUGUGCUGUGAAGGGGUCAGAAGUGACACUGAGGUGCUCUUACGUCAACAUCAAAUUCAAAACUGUGUUCUGGUUCAGUGAGAAACAAAGUACAAACUGGAGAAAAAACAAUGAACCUGAAGAUUUGACUUUAGACUCAGACUACUCAGGACGAGUGAAACAUCAGAUCUCAAGCAGCUCUUUAACACUCACAAUAUCAGACGUGAGAGAGAGAGACUCUGGAGAAUAUCAGCUCAUGUUCAUCAUAAAUGAUGGAGUUAAACAUCUCAGCUCAGCAACUGUCAAUCUAACAGUCACAGUCCUGCAGGUGAAGAUGAAUCCUGAAUCUACAGACAUGACAGAUGAGAGAGUAAAGCUUAACUGUGAUUCUUCCUGCACCUCUGGAGUUUAUUACUACUGGAUGAAGAAUGGACAGCAUUUCAGAUAUACAGAAUCCCGCAACAUGUUUGUGUCAAUCAGCCCAUACGCUGGAAAAUUUUCCUGUUUUCUUUAUCCAGACCUUAAACAUCCCUCCUCUUAUCUGUGUGUUUCUCAGAGUGGCUGCUGGGAUGUGACUUACACCUCUAGAAGAGUCUGUGCUAUGGUGGGCUCAACAGUAGACAUUUCCUGCACAUACUCACAUCCCUCUGAUUAUACUGUAAAUACAACAUUCUGGCAUUACGUUCAGACUGGUGACUUCAAGGAUCUGCGUGAGGAGCAUCAGUUUGCUGGUCGUGUGGAGUAUGUGGGGAACAAACUGAGAAUCAAAGAGCUCAAGAUCAGCGACUCUGGAGAAUAUCGAUUCCGGUUCAUCACUGACAAAACAAAUGGCAAAUACUCAGGAGCACCUGGAGUCACUCUUACCGUUACAGAUACACAGGUGACAAGCAGACCGGCCACUGUCUCAGGAGGAGAAAAAGUGAUAUUAAGCUGUUUAACUAAAUGCACUCUGAACAACAAAUAUGCUUACAUCUGGUACAAGAACGGACAACAGGUAACAGAUGGAUUCACUAAAGUCAACAAGCUGUACCUGGACUCAGUCAGCAAUGAAGAGCUUCAACAGUAUUCCUGUGCUGUAGGAGACCGAGAGGAGAGCACAGCUCGACGAAACACUGCUGUCAUACUGUGUGUUUUUUUGACUCUUGCUGUCAUAGGAAUCCUAUGGUAUAGGAGGAGAAUGUGUACCUUGUCUAAAACCCACAGGAUUGAAAAGGGGGAGGAGGAGGAGGUUCAGUAUGACUCGGUGCACAAUAACACUGCACCCUCUGACUUCACGCAGAAAGCAGAUGCUGACAAUCGAGACAUUCAUUAUUCCAGCAUUAGUUUUAAAACAAAACAUGCAUCUUCAGUCCCCACCGAUGAAUAUCCAACAGACACUACAGAAACCGAGGCUGUCCACUAUGCCACUGUAAGGUUCAAAUAA